AUGGAGAAAGAACCCAAGACCAAAGAAGAUGAAAAUACACGAGCUCAAACACGCCCGCGCCAGCUCAUCCGAAAACCCCGCCCCGCUUCGGCCCUGACAUCACAUGCACGCGGCGAUCCCUCGAUCCAGACAUCUGGACUGGCGAGCUAG